UUUAAUAUUAUCAUUUAGUGGACUUUGUAUUGGAACCUACCUCAUCCCUGCUAGAAUCUUAUGAAAAGUGGAGAGGUUGGGCUGAUGAGAAAGUUUGUUGCGAUUAUGCUCUUCAUGUUGCUGUGACCUCGUGGAAUGAUAACAUGAGACAAGAUAUGGAAAUACUUACUAAGGAGCAUGGUAUAAAUUCGUUCAAAAUGUUCAUGGCUUACAAAGAUGUCUUUAUGUUAAGAGAUGAUGAGCUAAUUGAUGUGUUCAAGACCUGCAAAGCUCUAGGAGCCAUAGCUCAAGUUCAUGCAGAAAAUGGUGAUGUAAUACAUGAAAAUCAGAAAAAGAUUUUGAGUAUGGGAAUCACUGGUCCUGAAGGGCAUAUGUACAGCAGAACAGAAGAGGUUGAAGCUGAGGCAACCCACAGGGCUAUAGUCUUGGCCAAUCAAGUAAACUGUCCACUCUAUAUUGUUCAUGUCAUGAGCAAAAGUGCAGCAAAAAUUAUUGCCAGAAAAAGGGAGGAAGGAUGUGUUGUAUUUGGAGAGCCAAUUGCUGCAGGACUGGGGACAGAUGGAACUCACUAUUUCAACAAGUGUUGGCAACAUGCUGCUGCUCAUGUCCUUUCUCCUCCACUUCGUCCAGAUCCUUCAACUCCUGGUUAUCUAAUGGACAUGUUAGCUAGUGGUGAAUUACAGCUGACGGGUACAGACAACUGUACGUUUAAUGCCAAUCAAAAAGCCAUGGGUGCCAAUGAUUUCACCAAGAUCCCAAAUGGUGUAAAUGGUGUUGAAGACAGAAUGUCUGUGGUGUGGGAAAAAGGUGUGAUGACAGGCAAGUUAGACCCCUGUAAGUUUGUAGCAGUCACUAGCACAAAUGCUGCCAAAAUUUUUAAUAUUUAUCCUCAAAAGGGAAGAAUCCAAGUUGGAUCUGAUGCAGAUAUUGUCAUAUGGGAUCCAAAUCAAACUCGCAUUAUCUCGGCUAAGACCCACCAUCAUAAUGUAGACUUUAACAUUUUUGAAGGGAUGGAAUGUCAUGGUGUACCUAUGUAUGUCAUCUCACAAGGUCGAAUUGUGGUUGAAGAAGGAGAGCUGCAUGUUAGUCAAGGAGUUGGUCGCUUCAUUGCAACACCAGUGUAUUCUCCCUAUGUCUAUGCUUGCAUUAAUGAAAGAGAUCAGGUUAGACAACCACACAGAGUCCAACGAGAAGCAUUUAAAGAAUCUACUAAUAACAUGGUAACAGAUGGCAUUGAACCGGAGUUUCAGAAGGACACUUGCUGUGUUCUAAGCCAACAAUCAGAAUUCCAUUCUCGUCCUCCAACUCGUAGUGGAGCCCGUAACCUUCAGGAUUCAACUUUUAGUAUUUCAGGAGCUCAGAUAGAUGAUGAAGACAGUCCUCGCUCUGGCAUCAGAGUCCAUAAUCCUCCAGGGGGACGUUCCACUGGGUUGUGGUAAAUUCAAUGUUUUAUCACAUUUUAAGUUACAUAUCUAAUCCACAGUUACUUUUCUCAAACCAUUUUUGUGCUUGAUUGUUAUUGUUUUUUUCAUGCAAAGCACAGCUUGCAUUAUAGAUGUCUUCAUUAAAUAACUUCAGGAAACAAAUCUUGUUGCCAUACGAGGAGAUGAGCAAUGUUAAACUUUACUCAAUAGUCAGUAAUUUUAACUGCAGCUGUCUUAUAUGUGUACAAUUCAGUAUGAAGUUAUAGAAUUGCUGGGUUAUAUAUCUAAUUAAUCAAGCCAUGAAGUAAAUGUUGUGAAAGGUAUUAAAUGUUGACUUAUCUUUCACAUCCAAUGUUGUCAAAGUGUUGUGUUGGUUCUUUUACAUGCAUUCCAACUGACUUCAUAGGUUUACACCAUGGAAUAAACUAGUGCGACACUAAUACCAUAUAGAAUUAUACAAAACUAAUUUUUACUCUGCAAUAAGUUUUGAUAUUUGAUGACUCGUUUUGAUGUAAGGGGUUGUAUGCAGGUAGUGUGUUUCAGCCCAUAUAUAUAUAUAUACUUUUUUCCAACUUCUUGGUGAUGUGAAUUUUAAAAAAAUAUCUAACUCUUUCUGUAAUUUCCUAAUUUGUUCAAUAUAUGUAAAAAAAAAAGCUUGCAAUUUACAACUCUUAUGAAAGCUGCUUUUGUGUAAGAUUAGUUUAAUACUGCUUUGAAGUGUUAUUAACUUGGCAUGUAAUUCCAGUUUUGACUUCUGAAAAUUUAAAUGUUCUUAGUCUUUUGUUUUGUUUAAAAUAUAUUAAUGAACUUUUAGAUAUUAGUUUUUAAUAUAAAACUUAGUUCAGUUUUUAACGUAGUCUUUAGUUUUCUUUUUGCAGCAGUUUAAACUUGAUGUUGCAAUAUUCAACUUUCAAUUAAAAUACAAAAGUUUGGAGAAAAAUAGGAUUUUAGUAUUUGUGUAUGUAACCAUGACUAUAUAUUAUUCUGUGUAUAUUCCACAUAUCUUAUUGAAACUAAAUUUGUGUAGAUUUGGGCAAUUUUGAUUUGUAAGGUGGUUUCCAAAUAGUAAGCUGAUUUUGAAAUGUUGUAUUGUUUCUUAACUUCUUAUUUGUGUCUUGUAAAGUUGUAUUAAACUUUUUCAAAUUUCAUAAAAUAAACCUUUUUUAAUUUUAUACAGUACAUAAUAUUGUAUCAGAAUUUAUCUUCUUUAAGGCAUAAUCAUAAUAGUUAAUGACGGAGCAGUUGAAAUUCCAGAGACUUAAAUCUGUCUAAUAUGUUCAACUUUAAUGGAAGUACUUUUGGUUUUACUUGAAGUGACUUAGAUGGUUGAGUGUUUUUAAAAACUAUUAAUUAAAGGACCACAAAACAUAGGUGAAAAAUAAAGAAAUCAUUUUUUGUUGUUCACAUUAUUUAAACAUUCAAAAACAAAAUUGGAUGGAAGAAAUAGAGAUUUAGUGAGCCAAUAACAGGUGAAUGAACAGAAGUUAACACUUUUAAAUACAUUUUAAAGCAGUAAAUAUUAAAGAACAAAAAUAUUAGAAUUUGUUUUUUCAGUAUAACUACAACAACAACUGAAACUCCUAUAUACUUGAGUUUUUAGUAAUACAAGUAAUAAUUGUAAUAUAUAAAUUAAUCUUUUCCUUAUUUUCUACUUGUAAGUUUUAUGUGUUCCUGAAUGUUAAAUUUGUUACACUGUAUUGUAAACAUUGAAGUUGUGAGAAAUUCUGGGCAAACAUGCCAUAAUUGUAGUGGAUAUGAACUGAAAGAUGAGUGCGUAAAAAUGCUGAAUCGGAGCAUUUGGAGCCAAUGUACAAUUGUUUUUAAGAGGAGAAUGUAUUUGAUCAUUCAUAUAUCCUAACCUGUAUACAUGCCACAAAACAAAAGUGAUGUGUGAUUCUAAUGGCCUUAUGGAAAAAUAUAAAGUACAUUAGAAAAACGUGUUAUAAAAAAGCAUGUGUUUCUUUAUAGCAAAGCCACAUCAGGCUGUCUGCUGUGUUUACCGAGAGGAAUCAAACCCCUAAAUUUAAAGUUGUAAAUCUGAAAUCUGAAGACUUACUGCUAUCCCAAUGGGGGGAAAUUUACAAUUGAAGAUAAAAACAUACAUUAAUAAUCUAUAACUUUUUACAUCUUUAGUUUUUUUUGUUAUUGUUGUUGUUCUGUCUGUCCAUUUUCACUUUUUGUCUGCUGAGGCUUCUUUCCUAUCGAUGAUCGAAUCCCCAUCCCGCCAAACAUGCUCGCCCUUUCAGCCGUGGGGGUAUUAUAAUGUGAUGGUCAAUCCCACUAUUCGUUGGUAAAAGAGUUGGCAGUGGGUGGUGAUGACUAGCUGCUUUCCCUCUAGUCUUACAUUGCUAACUUAGGGACAGAUAGCGCAGAUAUCCCUUGUGUAGCUUUGCACGAAAUUCAAAAACAAACAAAUAAACCUAUCGAGGAUGUCUUAGGUAUAGUGAUUUUUACAUCUGCCGAAGUUGCUGUUUCUUUGGAUUGAAGUCCAUGGCUAUUCUUAAAUUUAGUGAAGGUCCUUGUCCUUCCUCGGUGGUUUUGUUGGCAUAAUUCAUUGCCUUGUGCUUAAAUUGAACGAAGUUUGGCGCUAAAUCAUAGUUGCCCCUACCAAUUACUGUACGUUCUAUGUUCUUGAACUGGGAUGUGAUGUGUUUGAUGAUAAUUUGCACCAUUUCGUGAGCCGGCUUUAACUUCCAAUCAGUCAAUUGUUUUAUAAUGUGAUUAACACUCUCACAAUUGUUGGUCCACAACAUGUUUUUGUGGUCCCUAUAGGUGUUGAACAACCCUCCUCUGCUUAAUGGAAUAACACGUGAAUUGAGAUAUUUGCUGAACCCUGGGAGAAAUUUGUCAAUGCCCUUCUGCAUAAUUUGAGCUCUUUCCUCGAAUGUCACGAAAUCGUCAACACUAACUGGUCCACAUGAACCAAAAAUUUUGUUGUUGAACUCAUCGCAUUUUGGUGUUUUUAGUCCAAUUUUGCUUUCCAAAUAGCCACUGAAAUUGUUUUGCAAAUGCCUGGUGCACAACAUAUAAAUGGCAUUCGAAAAGUUGAAUUUGAUUAUUUGGCAUAUUACUGCUUCAUCAUCACUG